CUCCGUUCAAACGGAAAGUUUGGUUUCUAGUCGACCGCCUUCUAACUUUAGGCCGCGUGGUUUACUCUGAUUGGUUCCCUCGGGACCUGUAUACUGUCGUCUCUGGUACUUGUAGUCCCGGUCUGUACGAUUGUCAGAUUCUUUAGCGGAAAAAAACUACACGCUUCAGAAAGGAGGCUCUGACCCAUUGUGCUUCAAGAAAUAAUUUGUUUGUGGGCGGGGUUUGUUGAAAAAAAAGUGGGCUGGAGUUGCUGCAGCAGCAUGGGAGCUAAUUGACUGGUUGACUGUCACCGCGAAUCUCAAGUAUCUGUGGCAGCCAGAUAGCAAGGUGUGUGCUCGUUUGUAUACACAACUGGUAUAUACGUUUAGAAACUAACACCGGGAACAUAAAGGUGUCCAGUCUUCUAGAAACAGCAGAGUUUACAGCAUGAGCGGACAUGGCUAUGUUGUUCUAGGAGUGGUGACAUCUCUAUUUUCACUCAUGCUUUCCUGGGAUACCAGUACAGAGUUGACAGGUGUCUUGGAUGACUGCUUCUGUGACAUAGAGAGUAUUGAUGUCUUCAACAACUUCAAGAUCUAUCCCAAAAUUCAGAAACUAACAGAAAGAGACUUCUUCAGAUACUAUAAAGUAAAUUUAAGGAGACCAUGUCCCUUCUGGCCAGAUGAUGGGCAUUGCUCCAUCAAGAACUGUCAGGUGGAACCUUGCCCAGAGAGUAAAGUUCCAAUGGGGAUUAAAGCUGGCAACUACAAUAAAGAAUACUGUUUGAUGGGAGAUAGAGACCUUCAAUCCAUAAGGACAGGAAACCAGAAGGCUGAUGUUGCCCCCAAAGGAGAGACAGACACAGAAGACCCUGGGCUCCCCAACGCCCACUGUGCUAGUAGCUUUAAUGAGAAAGACAGUGCAAGGUAUGCACAGGAUACAAAUACUGUAACAGAAAUCGAGGACUGUGUGCAAGCUAAUCAACUUGGAGCUAUAAAUAGCACUUUAAGCAACCAAAGUAAAGAAGCUUUUGUAGAGUGGGCAAGGCAUGAUGAUGCGAAGGACCAUUUUUGCGAACUCGAUGACGAGACAUCACCUGAUGCAGAAUAUGUGGACCUGCUUUUUAACCCAGAGCGCUACACUGGAUACAAAGGACCUUCAGCAUGGAGAGUGUGGAACAGCAUCUACGAAGAAAACUGCUUCAAACCCAGAUCUGUUUACCGCCCCUUAAAUCCAUUGGCACCAAGCAGAGGAGACGAUGAUGGGGAGAACUUCUACAUCUGGUUGGAAGGUCUGUGUCUUGAGAAAAGAGUAUUUUAUAGACUAAUUUCUGGGCUCCACACAAGUAUCAACAUACAUCUCUGUGCCAAAUAUCUGAUAGAUGAGGGCUGGGGAAAAACCACAUGGGGAACAAAUGUGAAGGAGUUCAGACACCGUUUUGAUCCUGUUGAAACUAAAGGAGAGGGGACCAGAAGACUUAAAAACCUAUACUUCUUAUACUUGAUAGAGUUACGUGCUUUGUCCAAAGUAGCACCAUACUUUGAACGGACGAUUGUGGAGUUGUAUACCGGCAAUACUGAGGAAGAUGCAGCUACAAAGGAACUACUUUUGCAAGUCUUUAAUGAGACAAAAGCAUUCCCAAUGCAUUUUGACGAGAAAUCCAUGUUUGCUGGAGGCAAAAAAGAAGCAAAAAUAUUAAAGGAAGAGUUCAGGCUCCAUUUUAAAAAUAUAUCCCGUAUAAUGGACUGUGUUGGCUGUAGUAGUUGUCGGCUGUGGGGUAAGCUUCAGACCCAGGGCUUGGGAACAGCACUGAAGAUUUUGUUUUCGGAAAAAGAAAUCAAGAAUCUUUCAGAGAACAGCACUUCUAAAGACUUUCAGCUCACGCGUCAGGAAAUUGUUGGUCUUCUGAAUGCUUUUGGAAGGCUUUCUACAAGUAUAAAGGAGCUUCAGAAUUUCAAAACUCUUCUGCAGGACAACAGGUAACAAACAUUGCCAGCCACAGUGGUGACUGACCGUGGACACUGCGAUAGUCUGUUUGAUUUUGGCAUUUCCCCCAGAAUGAGACCACUUCAGGAAAUACUUCGUAAUGAUCUACAGUACUUCUGUUUAACCCUCAACUCCAGAAAUUCUGUGAAUCCUAAAAACAGGUUACACAAAAAUAGAAACACUGCAUUUUGUAGCAAAAGUUCCAGAUCAGGUUUUAACAUUUGGGUAUACUUGAAGGACCAUGUUAUUUUUCACUACGCAGAUAGAUAAGUAUUACUUUGGUUUGUGUUCAUGACCCCCCUUUUUUCACUAGAUGCUCUCUAAGUUUACAAAGAUGUUUGUUUUAAGCAAUUUGUUACAGAAUUUCUGGUGGGUCAAGUUCAAUUUAGACUUCAGAGAGAAUCUACACCAAUGGCCAAAAGUUUUGCAUCACCUAGAAUUUUAGGAUUGAGACAUAAUAAUAAUAAUAAUAAUAAUAAUAAUUAUAAUAAUAAUAAUAAUAAUAAUAAACUAUGAACAUAUAUGAUACUGCAAAAGUCUACCUGAAGCCAUCAUAGUAGUACAGUAUUUCAUGUUAGAUUUCAAAAUGUCACAUUUUACAGUUUUUGUCAGUUUUCUGUUAAGUAUAUGGAAAACUACAAAGCGGUAUGUAAUUCAGUAUGUUAACGUAACAUGCAAAACUUUUGACCAUAGUUGUACUGUGAAAAAUUCAAAUUGUAACUGUAUUACCUCAAAAUAUUGUUAGCCUGAUGCAACUGAUACAAGCAUAAGAUUCACCACAAAUAUUAGAUUGUGUUUAUCUGUUUUCUCCCCCCCCCCCCGUUUCUUUUUGGUGCAUUGUUAGUUGUUUGCCAAUUUUAGUUCUGUUCCCCACCCUUAAUGUUGACUGCUGCUCAGAGAUUGGAAAUGUACAUUUAUGUUCCUGUGCAUAAUGGAAGGUUCUAAAAUAUUUAUUCAAGUUUAUUUCAUGUAGCAUACACUUCUGAUAUGUUAUACAACUACUAGUUUUGAUGGUGAAUUCAGUCCCCAUUGAGUUUGCUAGCUAAAUCCCCUUUGGAAAGUUGGUAGCCAUUCAGGCUUUUGAUGUCUUUAUUUUGAUGCGUAACCCAAACCCGAAUUCACAUUUAAUUGGAGCUGCCGUGCUCUUCCAGUUAAUGUGUAAUAAGGAACCAUACAGAAAACCAAAGGGAAAAAGUGUUCUUUUUAAAGCGACUGCUGUUAUCUACAGAAUGACUGCAAGACAUAGAAUUGUAAGAAGCCAUGAAAAACUGUUUUCAGUUAUAUUAAUGUUUGUAGGAGCAUAGACACCUAUUUAUGUAACCUUAAAAGAUAUUUACAAAUCCUUUAUUGGUCAUAAUGUUUGUAAAGUUUCUUGAAUAGGGGUGUACAUUGAUAAUAUAUCCAUAGACUUAUUUAAUCCAUUCCUUUACUGUAUGGGACAUUAUUAGUAAGUCAUUACAGGGAUUUUUUAAAUACAACAAGCUGCCCUUUUCACUUCCAGGAAAUAGUGUUUGUUGAUGUAUCCUCUGGCUGAGUGACAAACCUACAGUAAGGAGGACAUUGUACUUUUGAAAGUAAAUUUUGUGAGUUACCCCUUUUUAAAGUUAUAUAUGAUCGCACAUUCCAAUCUUUGACAGACAGAAUUUAGUUUUAGCGCUUAGACGCUGGGAUUAUACAGAAGAGAUAAUAACAUGAAGCUGUUGAGUGGUCUGGUAAUCCUGCCUAACUGACUUUACACGCUUUACAUAAGGUGACGACUGGAACCGAAUUAGUCUAUGGCAGGAAUAUAAAAGAAGUAAUGCAUGUUUUCCUGGAUCAAAUGUUUGAAAUAGGUAUACCAAGGUUAAUUUUGUUUGUGUGUGUGUGUAUGACAGUGACUCAAAUAUGCUUUAUUUGGUAAGUAAUUGGCAGAUUGGGUAUACAUUUUAAUUAUACAGCUACUGUCCUUGUACCAAAUUUAGGAGAACAACUUGUUCUCAUAAAGGUGCAAAGCUGCUUGUGUGAUGCAAUGUUUUGGUGUGUUCGAUAAUAUUCAUGGUCAUGCUCUUCUAAAACCUUAACGAGCAGGAGCUGUCUGGACUUAAUCUUAAAAUCAGUCUCACACACUGGAUCUUUUCUCAUUUUGCUUUAUCAAGUGACUAGAGUCACCAGUCAACCCUCCAUAAAGGCAGCGUACAUAUCAACUGGGUUGGUAAGAUUUAAAGGAGUAUGUGUCAAAAUUAUUUUAUAAAUAAUUCUGGGUAGCUGUACUUUCAGAACCAAAACAUGCUUGGGAGUGAAAAGAAUCUAGAAAGUUAAACAAAUUUGCAUUUGGGGGCUAUUGUAGGAAGGAUUGCACCUUUUUAAUAAGAAUAAGGAACUUGCCAUGUACUCCCGAGUCCAUAAACAAUGUAUGGUUUACUUUGUAGGCUUGAAAUAUGCAUAUGCAGAGACUUGUUUGAAUAUUGACACUUGAUUGAGGUGUUUAAAUUUACUGAGCGUUUCGAGUUUGUCUUAUUUACAUUCCCUAUAAUAACAUGCUGCCUAUGAAAUUGGUGUGCCAUGUCAGUCAACUUUUUUUUUCUUUUCUGUUUAAACCUUUGAUCCUUCAUUUUUGCUUAGCAAGUGGAAAGCAAGUUGUGGGCUGUUCAGAACAGAAAAGCCUGCAAACUGUAGUACUGCAUUCUCUUAUGUAUGAAAUACAUACUAUUAACCACAAGAGUAUCUGUGCAAUCCACUGUCUGCCUUGAGCUAAAAAAAAGAAGUGCUUUCUCACAGUGACAAAAUUGAUUGUAGGAUUUUAUCUUCGACUUUCUCUAUGCGCAGGAUAUUCUCUUUAUUUUGCCUUUUUUAAUUUGUGAUCCAUCCUAAUCUUUUACUGUUUUGUAAAAGAGUAAAUGUAAAAUGUUUUAGGAGCCAAAACAUGUUGAAUCACACCUAAUUGUUGUGUAUACGUGUCAAUUGUAUUUAUUUGAAGAGAGAAAUAAAUAUUUCUGGUUGAAAAUUUUGAA